AUGGCUCUCAAGCGCAUCAACAAGGAGCUCACUGACCUCGGCCGUGACCCUCCCUCGUCCUGUAGUGCCGGACCCAUCGGAGAUGACCUGUUCCACUGGCAAGCAACCAUUAUGGGUCCUAGCGACUCACCGUACUCAGGCGGCGUCUUCUUCCUCGCGAUCCACUUCCCUACCGACUACCCCUUCAAGCCGCCGAAGGUCAACUUCACCACCCGCAUCUACCACCCCAACAUCAACUCAAACGGCAGCAUCUGCUUGGACAUUCUGCGAGAUCAGUGGAGCCCAGCCUUGACCAUUAGCAAGGUCCUGCUGAGCAUCUGCUCCAUGCUGACGGACCCAAACCCCGACGACCCGCUCGUCCCCGAGAUCGCACACGUGUACAAGACGGACCGGUCCCGCUAUGAGUCGACAGCCCGGGAGUGGACCCGGAAGUACGCAAUCUAG